CCCCUCUCCCCAUUGCCUCUCCUUUCAUGCUGCUCCUUCAACCUGGGGCUGUACCCCACUGGUCCCGCCCCCCCCCUUCGGCACUUAACCCUUCGAUCGCCACCCCGCAGCUCGCACCCCACGCAAGAACGUUCCGUGCUCGUCCUGUCCAGAAGAUCACUGUUUUUUGAUUUGGCUGUUACACAAGUUGCCCAUUUACCAUACAGUGAUGGAAAAUUCCUCUCCAGCUUACUUUUCCCAAGAGCAGCUCGAUGCCUUUUCAGACAGUUGAGAGAUAUCCAACAAUUUUCUCUUGAAAGUUAAUGCAAUUCAGCUCCUAAAAUUCAGUGUUUGGCUUCCACUGGCUGGAUUAUUGAGAGGAUGACACUCAAUGUAAUAAUACUACAGAGCGCCGGUUGCAGUCUGCCGUGUGUGUAUCGAAGGGUUAAGGGACACGUGGAAAGUUAUUCUGGUGUUCCUGGGGGGGAAGGGUUAAAAACUGUUUAGAGGUUGUAAGUAUUAAAGGCAUUCAGACCACAGUGGGUUGUGUGGCGUGUUGAGCAUGUUUCUGCAGUCAACUUUGGGGAAUAAUUUACCCACCCUUCCAGUGCGCUUGUACCCGAUCCGGGCCACUGAGGGGGGGAAUUGGCAGCACCUCACCCCCCCCCCCUCCACCUCCCCAUACGUACCACGAGUCGUGAGAAAUAUGCCGACCGUGUCAAGCUCUCGGCCCCCAAGUCACCCAGUGUCCCACGAUGGCUAAUCCUACGUCAGCCUGGCUCGUCUCAAACGAUGGCUUUCCCAGAAUUCAAAUGCGGGACAUCCAUAAAUUGAGCAAUGUACACUCUCCCCACACACAAAGUCCCUUGGAUGUCCUUGAGCACUAUGUCAUUGUAGGGGAGUGUGGUGAAUUCCUCCCCGUUGGCUCCAGACAUGUGGAAAAUGGAAUGGGAGGGGGGGUAGGGGGUGGGGGGGGUUUGUAGAGAAUGGAAUGGGUGGGGAGGGAGUUUUGUAGAGGGGUUGGUGGUGCUAUGGGAGACAUGUUAUCUAGCGCAGGCAGUGCAGGAAGUCACACCGGUGUCCUCAGUGCAUACAAAUCAGAACACAGGAACAUACCAGCUCUCAGCACGUGUGCAUCAGACAUGUAUGAUUUUCCACCCGUAAAGCCCAAGUUCGUGUCUCCGGACGGUAGUCGCCAUUUUGGCUCCACGGUCGCACGUAAUGGAUACGAAGCCCAGCUUCGGUCUGUGCGAGUGGCAGUGCUCUCCCUCCUGCUGUACCCCUCUGUACUGAACCCUGCUGGACUCGGGAGGGCCUGAGGCCCGCCGCAGGGUUUUCGGAAUUAACCCUCGGCCAAUCGCCGUGCUCGGAGGCGCAGGUCCAUCCGGGACCACAGAGGAAGAAGUCAGUCCUCCGGCGGCUGCCUUUGAGGCGUGGCGCUCAGGAGCCGUGCUAGUCGGCCGACUCGCUGAAUAAUGCACUGAAUUCCCGGUCGGGGACCCGAGCCAAGCAGCGAUAUUUUGGCAGAUUGCUGUCCACAGCAUGAGUGGGUGGGGGAGGGUGCGUCAGACCUGUUUUAUUCAGCUCCUUUUUUUAGAGGGAAAUCUGGCACCCGGUCUAAGCUGCUGUUGCAUAGUUCAGUUGCAUAAGUCGCACUGAAUAGCAUAUUAAAAGGAGGUGGGGUGUUCAGCAUCCAGUGAUGACAUUGGCUCCGCCGUGACCUGCAGUUUGAUGUCGAAACAGGCCCUGACAUUGUUAUGUAGCAAACAGACACACGGAGUAGAAGUAACACGCACUCCUUUUACUGCUUGUGUAGUGCCUAGGAGACAGUGCCGUGAGCUGGACAGGGAUCUUUAUUGUGAUGUCACAGGACAGCGUGAGACAGUUAUGUGGACUGGACAGGUGUCUUCAUUGUGAUGUCACAGGACAGUGUGAGACAGUGAUGUGGCCUGGACAGGUGUCUUCAUUGUGAUGUCACAGGACAGUGUGAGACAGUGAUGUAGGGUGCCUGUCAGCAGGGGGUGCUGAAAGACUAAACCUGAUUACCCCCGAGUAGGACACGCAUUCAUUGAUAGACACCUCUGUGAUUUUAGAUGCACAGAAAGCGGUGCCUUCAAACCCUUUACCUGCCCAAAGAUCAUCCUUACUUGUGUUGCAAUACUGCUUUUCAGCUUUCAAAAGAGAACUAGUUCCCUCAGAUUUCUUUUGUGCGGGUGCAUUAGCGUUCGCCUGGCCUCUGAAAUGCAUCACAUCUCUUAGAUUAUGGUCAGAGUUGGCGGUGUUGCAGCACAGCACACGUGUCCGUACCCUCUGCACUUGAUAUUAGGACAAGGAUUUCAGAGACAGUGUUCGAACGAAGGAACGGAGAUGCAGUUUGUGCGUGACUUGCAUAGCCUCCUGAUUCUGUUGUUGGAGCCGCUCAGGAGAAAGCAGUCUGGUGUACAGGUAGCGUAGUGUGUUUGAGCGCACAGCUUAACUCUCUACUCACACAGUUUACGUCAUGGUUGCCUUUCAGGCCUUGUUAUGAGUAACCAUGGAAACUCGGUAUAUCCGUCAUACCCUUGCGGGAGCUCCCUCCCCCACAAGUCCCUGUUCACCCAAUCCCGUGAGGUUUUUCACCAGUCAGUCAGAAUAAACAAAGCAACUAGGCCACAUUCAGUCUGGUUAGGUCUACAUAAAGCCUGCAUGUAGUGAAACCAAGGUUACACACUUGUAUUUUUAUUAUUUUUUAUUUUUUUCAGGCAAAAUUGUUGUGCAAGUAUGUAUUUCCAUUUUAUGUGCGCAUAGAAUGGAAAUAUAUGAUAUCAAAUCUUGUGUGCCACGAUUCCUCAGGCCCAUACUAACUGUCCUUAAUUUCUCUCCUACAGCAGUACUGCUUUGCCAGUCCUGGCUGCGAUCUCUUAUGAGCAGCAGCUCGUCCUGUGCUUCUUUUCUGCCGGUUGAAGCCUGACUGCAGAAGGACCCUGGCACUGAAAGUGGGGCAAAACGCCGGACCCCAAGCAGCCGGCCCGGACGUACAUGGAUGUGAUGAGGGAGCAGCACCUCACCAAAGAGGAGAAAGAGAUCCGGCAGCAGCUGGCGGAGAAGGCCAAAGCGGGGGAGCUGAAGGUGGUGAACGGCUCCGCUGCCUCCCAGGCGGCCGCCGCCGCCGCCGCCGCCAAGCGCAAGCGCCGCUGGGACCAGACCGCCGACCAGACGCCCACCAGCGGCACGCCCACCAGCGGCACGCCCAAGAAGGUCUCCAGCUGGGACCAGGCCGACGCCAGCGUCGAGACCCCAGGCCACACCCCAGGCCACACCCCCUCCAACAGUCGCUGGGACGAGACGCCCGGGCGGGCCAAGGGCAGCGAGACGCCGGGGGCCACGCCCAGCACGCGCAUGUGGGAGCCGACGCCCAGCCACACGCCCGCGGGCGCCGCCACCCCGGGCCGCGGGGACACGCCCGGCCACGCCACGCCCGGCCACGGGGGAGCCACCUCCAGCGUGCGCAAGAACCGCUGGGACGAGACGCCCAAGACGGAGCGAGAGACCCCGGGGCACGGCAGCGGCUGGGCUGAGACGCCCCGCACAGACAGGGGGGACGAGUCCGUGGGGGAGACCCCCACCCCCGGGGCCAGCAAGCGCAAGUCCCGCUGGGACGAGACCCCGGCCAGUCAGAUGGGCUCGUCCACCCCUCUGCUCACCCCGGGGAAGACCCCCAUCGGCACCCCCGCCAUGAACAUGGCCACGCCCACCCCAGGUCACCUGAUGAGCAUGACGCCCGAGCAGCUGCAGGCCUGGCGCUGGGAGCGGGAAAUCGACGAGCGGAACCGUCCGCUGACCGACGAGGAGCUGGACGCCAUGUUCCCCGAGGGCUACAAGGUGCUGCCCCCGCCCGCGGGAUACGUGCCCAUCCGCACCCCCGCCCGCAAGCUGACCGCCACCCCCACGCCCAUCGGGGGCAUGACCGGGUUCCACAUGCAGACGGAGGACCGCACCAUGAAGACCGUGAACGACCAGCCGUCCGGGAACCUGCCCUUCCUCAAGCCCGACGACAUCCAGUACUUCGACAAGCUGCUGGUGGAGGUGGACGAGUCCACUCUGAGCCCAGAGGAACAGAAGGAGCGCAAGAUCAUGAAACUGCUGCUGAAGAUCAAGAACGGCACGCCCCCCAUGAGGAAGGCUGCUCUGCGUCAGAUCACAGAUAAAGCCCGUGAGUUUGGGGCAGGUCCCCUCUUCAACCAGAUCCUGCCCCUGCUCAUGUCCCCCACGCUGGAGGACCAGGAGCGCCAUCUGCUGGUCAAAGUCAUCGACCGCAUCCUCUACAAGCUGGACGACCUGGUCCGACCCUACGUGCACAAGAUCCUGGUCGUGAUCGAGCCCUUGCUGAUUGAUGAGGAUUACUACGCCAGAGUGGAGGGCAGGGAGAUCAUCUCUAACCUGGCCAAGGCUGCCGGCCUGGCCACCAUGAUCUCCACCAUGAGGCCCGACAUCGACAACAUGGACGAGUACGUGAGGAACACCACGGCCCGCGCCUUCGCCGUGGUGGCGUCCGCGCUGGGCAUCCCCUCGCUGCUGCCCUUCCUCAAGGCCGUCUGCAAGAGCAAGAAGUCCUGGCAGGCGCGCCACACCGGCAUCAAGAUCGUGCAGCAGAUCGCCAUACUCAUGGGCUGCGCCAUCCUGCCCCACCUGCGCAGCCUGGUGGAGAUCAUCGAGCACGGUCUGGUGGACGAGCAGCAGAAGGUGCGCACCAUCAGUGCCCUGGCCAUCGCUGCCCUGGCUGAGGCGGCCACGCCCUACGGUAUCGAGUCCUUCGACUCCGUGCUCAAGCCCCUGUGGAAGGGCAUCCGGCAGCACAGGGGAAAGGGUCUGGCAGCCUUCCUGAAGGCCAUUGGCUACUUGAUCCCCCUGAUGGACGCUGAGUACGCCAAUUACUACACCAGGGAGGUGAUGCUGAUCCUCAUCCGAGAGUUCCAGUCUCCUGAUGAGGAGAUGAAGAAGAUCGUGCUCAAGGUGGUGAAGCAGUGCUGCGGGACCGAUGGUGUGGAGGCCAACUACAUCAAGACCGAGAUCCUGCCCCCCUUCUUCAAGCACUUCUGGCAGCACCGGAUGGCUCUGGACCGCCGGAACUACAGACAGCUGGUGGACACCACGGUGGAGCUGGCCAAUAAGGUGGGGGCGGCGGAGAUCAUCUCGCGCAUCGUGGACGACCUGAAGGACGAGGCGGAGCAGUACCGUAAGAUGGUGAUGGAGACCAUCGAGAAGAUCAUGGGCAACCUGGGCGCGGCCGACAUCGACCACAAGCUGGAGGAGCAGCUGAUCGACGGCAUCCUGUACGCCUUCCAGGAGCAGACCACAGAGGACUCUGUGAUGCUGAACGGUUUCGGGACGGUGGUCAACGCCCUGGGGAAGCGGGUCAAGCCCUACCUGCCGCAGAUCUGCGGUACCGUCCUGUGGCGUCUCAACAACAAGUCCGCCAAAGUGCGCCAGCAGGCGGCCGACCUGAUCUCGCGCACCGCCGUGGUGAUGAAGACCUGCCAGGAGGAGAAGCUGAUGGGGCAUUUGGGUGUGGUGUUGUAUGAGUACCUGGGAGAGGAGUACCCUGAAGUUCUGGGGAGCAUCCUAGGAGCCCUGAAGGCCAUCGUCAACGUCAUCGGCAUGCACAAGAUGACCCCGCCCAUCAAGGACCUGCUGCCGCGUCUGACGCCCAUCCUGAAGAACAGGCACGAGAAGGUGCAGGAGAACUGCAUCGACCUGGUGGGCAGGAUCGCCGACAGGGGGGCGGAGUACGUGUCGGCCCGGGAGUGGAUGAGGAUCUGCUUCGAGCUGCUGGAGCUGCUGAAGGCUCACAAGAAGGCCAUUCGCCGAGCCACCGUCAACACCUUCGGCUACAUCGCCAAGGCCAUCGGGCCCCAUGACGUGCUGGCCACGCUGCUGAACAACCUGAAGGUGCAGGAGCGGCAGAACCGCGUGUGCACCACGGUGGCCAUCGCCAUCGUGGCCGAGACCUGCUCGCCGUUCACCGUGCUGCCGGCGCUGAUGAACGAGUACCGGGUGCCCGAGCUGAACGUGCAGAACGGCGUGCUCAAGUCCCUCUCCUUCCUGUUCGAGUACAUCGGCGAGAUGGGCAAGGACUACAUCUACGCCGUCACGCCGCUGCUGGAGGACGCGCUCAUGGACAGGGACCUGGUGCACCGGCAGACGGCCAGCGCGGUGGUGCAGCACAUGUCCCUGGGCGUGUACGGCUUCGGGUGCGAGGACUCGCUCAACCACCUGCUGAACUACGUGUGGCCCAACGUGUUCGAGACCUCGCCCCACGUCAUCCAGGCCGUCAUGGGGGCGCUGGAGGGGCUCCGCGUGGCCAUCGGGCCCUGCCGAAUGCUGCAGUACUGCCUACAGGGUCUGUUCCACCCGGCGCGGAAGGUGCGGGACGUGUACUGGAAGAUCUACAACUCCAUCUACAUCGGGUCCCAGGACGCCCUGAUCGCCCACUACCCCCACGUCUACAACGACGAAAAGAACCCCUUCAUCCGCUACGAGCUGGAGUACUUCCUGUGA